CCACAGGGCAGAAAGUACCCUCAACACCCAAAGAGCCAGCUGACCAUCGUCUCGGAGGCCAAGGGCUGAUACCAUCAUGCAUUCCUGGGUAGCCUUCACAGGCCUUCUACUACUUUGGACAGAUGCUGUGGUUUCUCAGGCACGUGUGGAUGGGGUGGCGGGUCAGUCGGUCACGCUGCCCUGCACCUACUCCACAGCUGGUGGGACCACCUCCAUGUGCUGGGGCCGGGGGGCGUGUCCUCUUACUCGGUGCCCGAAUGAGCUCAUCUGGACGGAUGGCCACCUCAUCACCUUUCAGAAGAGCAGGCGUUAUAACCUGAAGGGAAUGAUUUCUCAAGGCAACGUGUCCUUAACCAUCGAGGACGCAGCCCAGUCUGACAGUGGCACGUACUGCUGCCGGGUUGAGUACUCGGGGUGGUUUAAUGAUUUGAAAGUCAACAUAUUAUUGGAUGUAAAGCCAGCUCCACCUAAGGCCACCAGUGCUCCGACAUCACCUAGGGUCUCCACCUCUGCUCCCACAACUGCAGCACCCACAGUGAACCUCAUGACAGAAACCAUGUCAUCUUCGCUAAUGCAGACAACAGGCACCCAGCCUAUCACAACACAGGAAGCAAAUAGGACCAGCUCACCAUCGAACCCUUGCACAACAGCAGGCGGGAACAGCACGGUGAUGCGGCCUUCAGAGGGGGGUUGGCCAGACGGUGGAAACCCGGUGAACUUGAAAGAAAAGCCGUGGAUGAACACCAAUAAGGCUCUCUACAUUGGACUUGCCGCUACCGCGCUGAUAUUGCUCAGUGUUUUGACGACUGUGAUUACCAAAAGACAUUUAUGUGUGAAACGAAAGGUGUUGAAUAUAAGCAAGCCUUCACCUAUAGAGCUCCUGACCGGAACUCCGCCAAAUACCGGAACUCCACCAAAAGACACAGCAGUGCACUACCGAGCAGAAGAGAGCGUCCACUUUGAGAACAAACUUUACAGUGGGAAUUAAGACCCAGAGACCGUCAAAGGCUUUAUGCUCUUGACUACAGAAGACAGCGACCAGAUCUCACCAUGUCAGAGUCCUUUAAAGCACCACAAUGACUUUUCUGUCAAUCUCCCACCAUAUUCCAACCUGUCAGUGAUGUUGGUUUGAGUGUCUUUAACUCUUCUGUGUGUAGUCGACCUUAGCGGUGAUCGGUCUUAAUUUUUUAUGUGAAACUGGCUCAGUCUUUCUGAUCAUAGCCGAGCUCUCUCCCAGGUAUGAAAUGAACACUUCAGACCUCAUGAAUCCUGUGUCCUGCAAGAAUUCUCACUGGAGAGACAGAGAACUGCCUCCUUGGUCAUAUAGGACUUGGUACUUAAAUGACUUCACUUGGAAGCAUUCAAUGAUUAUCUCUUGUUUUUUAUCUUGUUAACUCCACAUGUCGCAUUUCUUAAGUCACCCAAGGGUUUCAAAUCAUGGAAGUUCAUAGGUUUUUAUUUCCUUCAUUAUGAAAUAAAGUCAGUGUGAU